AUGUCUUCGGUUGCCGCCCCCACCAAUCCCGACUUGAUUCGGAAUUUCGCUAUCAUCGCCCACGUGGACCACGGCAAGACCACGCUGAUGGACCGGCUGCUUACCUUCUGCGGUGCCACGCUCAGCGAGGACCGGGUGAUGGACAGCAACCAGUUUGAGCGGGAGCGGGGCAUCACCAUCGCUUCCAAGUACACAUCCUUCCAGUUCCAGGGGCACACCUUCAAUGCGGUGGACACCCCCGGCCACGCCGACUUUGGCGGGGAGGUGGAGCGUGUGCUGGGCAUGGUGGAUGGCGCGGUGCUGCUGGUGGAUGCAAACGAGGGGCCCCUCAGCCAGACCAAGUUUGUCGUGGAGAAGGCGCUGCGGCGGGGGCUGCGGCCCGUGGUGGUCCUCAACAAGGUCGACCGCCCCGGAGCCACGGAGCAGCGGUGCGGGGAGGUGGAGUCGUCCGUGUUUGAUGUGUUUGCGCACCUGGGCGCUUGCAACGACCAGCUCGACUUUCCUGUGCUAUAUGCCUCGGCCAGGGAGGGCUGGGCCAGCCCCACGCUUCCGCCGGGCGGCCAGGCGCCCGCAGGCGCCUCCAUGGCCCCGCUGCUGGAGGCGCUGCUAGCGCACGUGCCGCCGCCGCCGUCGGCCAACCUGCAGGAUCCCUUCAGCUUCCUGGUGGUCAUGACCGAGCGGCAUUCAUUUUUAGGGAAGAUCGUGACGGGGCGCGUGCACAGCGGCACCGUGGCACUGGGCGACCGCGUGAAGGUCCUGUGGCGUGAUGGCGGCCAGGACGAGGGCUUCAAGGUGACUCGCAUCAUGAAGCGCAGCGGCACGGGCACAGUGGAGCUAGAGGGGGCGGUGGCAGGAGACAUCGUUUCUGUAGCCGGCGUGGCAGCGGCAGGCAUUGCAGACACCAUAGGGGCGCCCGAGCUGCAGCAGGCGCUGCCGCCAGGCCAGAUCGACCCCCCCACCCUCAGCAUGGUGUUCAGCCCCAACACCUCGCCGCUGGCGGGGCGCGAGGGCAGCCAGCUGACUGGGUCCAAGAUCGGGGAGCGGCUGCAGGCCGAGGCGGAGACGAACGUUUCUCUGCGGGUGGUGCCCGUGGAGGGCAGCGGCGGGGAGAGCUUCGAGGUGCAGGCACGAGGAGAGCUGCAGCUGGGGCUGCUCAUAGAGAACAUGCGGCGCGAAGGCUUCGAGCUGUCUGUGUCGCCGCCGCGGGUGGUGCUGCGGCACGAGGAGGGCCAGCGGCUGGAGCCUCUUGAGGAGGUGGUGUGCGAGGUGGAGGACGCGCAUGCAGGGGAGGUGAUAGAGGCUUUGACGCUUCGCAAGGGAGAGCUGCUGGAGAUGCUGCCUUUGGAGCGGGAGGGCAAGCAGCGGCUGGCGUUUGAGGCGCCCUCCCGCGGCCUCAUCGGCUUCCGCUCCGCCUUUGCCGCGAUCACGCGCGGCACCGGCGCCCUGCACCGCGCCUUUGCACGGUAUGGUCCAUACCGCGGCGGGCUGGACCGUGUGCGCAAGGGCGCCCUCAUCUCCGUCGCAGGCGGCCGCACCACAACGCAUGCGCUGGGGGGGCUGGAGCCGCGGGGCGUGUUGUUUGUGGAGGCGACGGCAGAGGUGUACGAGGGCAUGAUUGUGGGGGAGCACAGCAGGGACAGCGACCUGGAGGUGAACCCUGUGAGGGAGAAGAAGAUGACUAAUGUGCGCAACACGGGCAGCGAGGAGCGGGUGGUGCUGAGCCCGCCGCGCGCGCUGACGCUCGAGGACGCCAUCGGCUACGUGGCGGCUGACGAGCUCAUAGAGGUGACCCCCAGCCGCCUGCGCCUGCGCAAGCGCACGCUGGAGUCGGGCAUGCGGCGGCAGCAGCGGCGCAAGGAGGAGGCGAUGGCGGCGUAG